AUGCCUUCUUUCCGUCUCCUCAUCUUCUGCACGACAUUCCUGCUCGCGGCAGUGAUUCUGUAUCGCUAUCCGACCCAGAUUUACCUUAACUUAUCACCUCAUAUUGCUGCGCUUCAUGGGGUACUCUGGCGAUGGCAACUGCCUACAUCCAUUCCAUACUUUACUCCAGAGUCCGUAACAACGGAAGAGCGCAGUGAUGACCUAACGAGAUCGUUUACGAGACAUAUUGUUGCGGUGGGGGACUUACAUGGUGACAUGCCGAACGCCCAGCGCGUCUUGCGCUUUGCUGGUGUGCUCAACGACUUGGGCGACUGGAGUGGUGAUGUGGAUUUCUUGGUCCAGACGGGGGACAUCAUAGACAGAGGUGACGAUACAAUCCCAUUAUUCACCAUGAUGGAUGAGCUCCGCGCGCAGGCGUCUGCAGUCGGCGGGACUGUUCUCUCGGUACUUGGGAACCACGAAUGGAUGAAUGCCAUCGGUGAUUGGAGAUACGUAUAUCCAACCGAAAUAAAAACAUUUGGCUCAGUGUCUGACCGUCAAAAAAUUAUCUCGACUGGCAGAAUCGGGCGUUCAUGGGCGAACAACUAUACGACUGCCGCGCGGUUGCCUCUACAUCCGUCUCUCGGUAAACCAAAUACACCAUACCCAUCACAUCACGUCUUCGAGAAGGAUGACGGCGAUGACGAAGAGGACAUCGUUGUCGAAGGACUCUCGCAUUCCGCGCUCUCCUUCGUACAUGGUGGAUUAUCCCCGACAUACAAACAACUUAGUCCCUUUCCCUCUGCGAUCAAUGAUAUUGCCGCAUCUUUACUGCGGAAACUCCAACAUCGAGCCCAGCCGCCACCCCAUCCGCCGUAUCCAUACCCGGGUCUUCCACCAGAUUCAACGCGGCAGGAACACGAACUGUACGAUGCGAAUGGGCCUUUGUGGUACCGUGGGUGGGCGAUGGACAGCGAGGAGAAGGUAUGCGGGGAUGUUGACGCGGUGUUGAAGAAGACGGGGACGCGACGGAUGAUCAUGGGACAUACGCCUGACUUUACGGGCAUCGUGUCCCGAUGCAACGGCAAGAUUAUAAUCAUCGAUACGGGGAUAUCUCACGCCUACGGGGGCGUUCUGUCCGCACUUUCGAUCCACUACACAUUGACGCCAGUCGCAGGGAAAGUGUGGAAGGAGAGAGAAGUUGUUAGUGCUCUGUAUCCUGAUCGGCAGGAAGUGUUGGUUGAUGAAGAGAGGGUCGUUGUCGGGGACUUUAAACACUAA